AUGUUCAGGCGCAGCUACGUCUUCCAGACCCGCAAGGAGCAGUACGAGCGCGCCGAGGAGGCGCAGCGCGCCGCAGAGCCGGACCGCCUGGCGGAGAGCCGGGCGGCCGCGCCGAACCUGGCGGCGCUGCAGGGGCUCGGCGAGCGCGUGGCCGCUCACGUCCAGCGGGCCCGGGCGCUCGAGCAGCGCCAUGCCGUCCUCCGGAGGCAGCUGGACGCCUUCCAGCGCCUGGACGAGCUGGCCGGCCCCGAGGAUGCCCUGGCCCGCCACGUCGAGGGCAACCGCCAGCGCGCCCGGGACCUGGCCGCCGAGCGCACCCGGCUGGAGCGCCAGGGCGCAGAGGCGCAGCGCGCGCUCGACGAGUUCCGGAGCAAGUAUGAAAAUGAGUGUGAGUGUCAACUGCUGCUGAAGGAGAUGCUGGAACGACUCAACAAGGAGGCAGACGAAGCCCUGCUACGUAACCUGCGUCUUCAGAUUGAAGCCCAGUUUCUGCAGGAUGACAUCAGUGCGGCCAAGGACAGGUACAAAAAGAAUCUUCUGGAGAUUCAGACCUAUGUCACCAUCCUGCAGCAGAUCAUCCAGACCACCCCGCAGGCCGCCGCCAUAACGAGUGGGAUGCGGGAGGAGAAGCUCCUGACAGAACGGGAAGCCGCUGCCCUGCAGUGCCAGCUGGAGGACGGCCGGGAGAUGCUCUGCCUCCUACAGGCCCAGAGAACCGAGCUGCAGGCCCAGACCGCGGCCCUGGAACAAGCCAUCAGAGACGCCCACGAGUGUUAUGAUGACGAGAUUCAGCUCUACAACGAGCAGAUCGACACCCUGCGGAAGGAGAUUGAAGAGGCGGAAAGGAGCCUGGAGAGGUCAUCCUAUGACUGCCGGCAGCUGGUGGUCGCCCAGCAGACCCUGAGGAAUGAGUUGGACCGGUAUCAUCGCAUCAUCGAGAAUGAAGGCAACAGGCUGAGCUCUGCCUUCAUUGAGACUCCAAUCACCCUGUACACUGCGAGCCAUGGGGCCUCCUUCAGCCCUCGGCAUGGUGGGAAAGAUCUCACCAGGGCUGUGCAGGAUAUAACUGCAGCGAAACCAAGACUCAAAGGCCUCCCCAAGAACCUUCCAAGGAAAAAGGAGAUGGUCGCGAAAGACAGAGCAGAUGAAAUUCUGGAAGAGACACUGCUGAGAGGUCCAGAGGACAUGAAACUGGGGCAGGAGGUACUCAAAGAAGAGGGCGAGUCUAAACUUGAACCGGGGGAUGGAGAAGCAAGUCCCCCAACCCAGGACGGGGCUCCGGAGGAUGUCCCAGAUGGAGGCAAGAUAAGCAAAGCCUUUGAGAAGCUAGGCAAGAUGAUCAAGGAGAAGGUGAAAGGCCCCAGAGAACCCGAGCCCCCCGCUGACCUGUACACCAAAGGGCGGUACGUGAUGGUCUCUGGAGAUGCCAGUUUCAUGGAUCCUGGCUUCUGUGUCUUCUCUGUCCCAGCCAAAGGGGGCGUGGUGGUUUCUAAGGGGGAAGACUCUGUGCGUCCUGACAGCAGCGUGGAACCCUCUCCCCAGCAGCCUGAGCCCCCUCUGGAGGAUGGACAGGGGCCUCCCCAGGGGAAAGAAGAUGGUCUGAAGGAUGAAGGGGGGCCCCCUGAGGGGAAAGAAGAUGGUCUGAAGGAUGAAGGGGGGUCCCCUGAGGGGAAAGAAGAUGGUCUGAAGGAUGAAGGGGGGCCCCCUGAGGGGAAAGAAGACGGUCUGAAGGAUGAAGGGGGGCCCCCUGAGGGGAAAGAAGAUGGUCUGAAGGAGGAAGGGGGGGCCCCUGAAGGGAAAGAAGAUGGACGCCCUCCCACCCCGCACCCUGCAGACAAAGGGGAUGAGAAAAACGCCAAAGAACUGAAGGGCCUCCAGGGGAAACAGGAUGGCCAGAAGGAGGAGGAGGGGGCCAGAGGGCCCUAUCCCAUGGUGGCACCUAGUCCAGAGGGGCCGCCUACACCCCGGUCUCAAGGGCCUCAGGUCACUCUGGGUGGGUCCGAAGGGCAUGGGGCUCAGAGCAGCAGCCGGCCGGCGAGAAGCCCUCCCAGGAAGCUGGCCUACGAGAAGGUGGAGGUGAUGGAAUCCAUAGAGAAGUUUUCCACUGAGAGCAUCCAGACGUACGAAGAGACUGCUGUCAUUGUGGAGACCAUGAUUGAAAAGACGAAGGCAAACAAGAAGAAACUGGGAGAGAAGGGAUCCUCCAGUGCCUGAGCUAACCAGGAGGAGGUGUCUCUGGGCCCCUGAGGACAUGUGCUUGGAUGUUUUAGAACAGAGGCUACAAGGGUGAGGAUACAAGGUUCUUUGGAUUAGACCAUGGUUGGCUCAUCUGGCUUACUGAUGAAGCCUUAAUUAAAAUGUUUUCUUUGCUUGCA